AUGUCCGGUCCACGAGUAUUAGUCGUCGGAGGUGGCUUGUCCGGUCUCAGCGCCGCUCACACCGUCUACCUCGCCGGUGGAAACGUUACCGUCCUCGAUAAGCAAGGCUUCUUCGGCGGUAACUCCACAAAGGCCACUUCCGGUAUCAAUGGCGCCCUCACAAACUCCCAGAUCGAUUUGGGCAUCCAGGACUCCGUCAAGCAGUUCUACGAUGAUACCAUGAAAUCUGCCCGUGACAAGGCCCGUCCAGAUCUCAUCAAGGUCCUUACCCACAAGUCCGCCUCUGCCAUCGAAUGGCUCCAGGAGGUCUUCAAGCUCGAUCUUACUCUCGUCUCCCGUCUUGGUGGUCACUCCCAGCCACGUACCCACCGUGGUCACGAUGCCAAGUUCCCCGGUAUGGCUAUCACCUAUGCUCUCAUGCAGCGCCUUGAGACCCUCUCCGAGGAGGAACCAGGCCGUGUCACCAUCCUCAAGAAGGCCAAGGUCACCAAGUUGAACAAGACCGGUAACAAGAUCACUGGUCUUGACUAUGAAAUUGAUGGCAAGAACUCUACCCUUGACGGUAUCGUCGUCCUCGCCACCGGUGGUUACGCCGCCGAUUUCUUCAGCGAAGACUCCCUCCUCAAGCAGUUCAAGCCAGAGGUUCUCAAGCUCUCCUCCACAAACGGCACCCACGCCACUGGUGACGGUCUCAAGAUGGUUCGUGCCAUUGGCGGAAACGCCAUUGACAUGGAGAAGGUCCAGGUCCACCCUACCGGUCUCGUCGACCCUAAGGACCCCCAGAACAAGUGGAAGUUCUUGGCUGCUGAGGCUCUCCGUGGUGAAGGUGGUAUCCUCCUCAACGCUGAAGGAAACCGUUUCUGCGACGAGCUCGGUCACCGAGACUACGUCUCCGGCGAGAUGUUCAAGAACAAGUUCCCCAUCCGCUUGGUCCUCAACUCCAAGGCCUCCAAGGUCCUUGACUUCCACACUCGUCACUACUCCGGCCGUGGCCUCAUGAAGAAGAUGACCGGUGCCGAACUCGCCAAGGAGAUCGGCUGCGGAGAAGGUCACCUCCAAAAGACCUUCCAAGACUACACCGCCAUCGCUGACGGCAAGAAGAAGGACCCAUGGGGCAAGCGUUUCUUCCACAACACCCCCUUCGACAUCAAUGACGAAUACUUCUACGUCGCCCUCAUGGAGCCAGUCGUCCACUUCACCAUGGGUGGUAUUGAAAUCAACGACCAAGCUCAGGUCCUCAACGGUGAAGGAAAGCCCUUCGAAGGUCUCUUCGCCUGCGGUGAAGUCGCUGGUGGUGUUCACGGUGCCAACCGUCUCGGUGGUUCCAGUUUGUUGGGAUGCGUCGUCUACGGUCGUGUCGCCGGUGACUCUGCCACCAAGCACCUCCUACAAAACGUCCUCAGUGGCGCAGGAUCCAGCUCCGCUGCCCAGAGAUUGGGCCAGAUCUCUCUACACUUGGAUCCUAGCAAUCCCGGCCGUUUGGUCGUCGACUGGAAUGCCAACGGUAGCGCCCCAGCUCAGGUAGCCCAGACUACCCAAACUACUACAUCAGAGUCAGUAUCCGAAGCCACCACUGCCACUUCCUCUUCUGCUGCCCCCGCAUCGAAGCCUGACCCGAAGAAAUUCUCGAUCCCAGAUAAAGAAUUUACAAUGGAAGAGGUAGCGAAGCAUAAUAAGAAGGACGAUGUUUGGGUGGUUGUUAAGGGAGUCGUUAUGGACCUCACAGGGUUUUUGGAAGAUCACCCCGGUGGUGCCAACGCCAUCCUUAACUUCUGCGGAAGAGACGCUACCGAGGAGUUUGAGAUGUUGCACGAUGAUGAAGUUAUCCCGAAGUAUGCUCCUUCGACUGUGAUCGGACGAGUUAAGGGGCAAGAGGUUACACUUGAAUUUUAA